ACUACACUAGAACUCGCACUUUUAAUUGUUUGAAGGUAAUAUUUUGCACAUCCUCGCCCUCUAAAUAUAUAUGCCAAAGAGAAUUAACCGACCAAAGAUGGGGACAACACACGGGAGGCAAUUUCAAGUGCAUAUGUACGAGGAAGACAUUCAACUGAUGAAGGAUUUAGUGAAGCUUCAUCCGGCGAAGGAAACUGGUGGAAAUCUGUUUGGUUUGUGGAAUAACAAUGAAGAACCAGUUUUGCACGUCGUGCUUGGUCCUGCAGUUGGCUGCGCUCGCACAGAAGUAUCGUUCUACCAGAGCAUUCCCUACUUGGAGCGUGUUGGACGGUUGCUGACGGAGCAGUUUCUGCUCUGUCACAUCGGAGAAUGGCAUUCCCACCACAAAUUGCGUUUAUCAGAGCCGAGCACGGGAGAUUCUUCGACCGUCAUUCGGAACUUUCCUAGAGGAGCGCGUGGGUUUAUCCUGAUCAUUGCUAAUAUUUUGUCGAGCGGGGAGGUCACACUUUCGCCUUACCUUUACAGACAAGGGCAGACUACUUACGAAAGGGGUGAAAUUAGCCCACUUGGCAGUUCUUGUAGCCCCUUCAGGAAAAUAGAUGUCAUUAACGAAUAUAUUAAGAAAGACGAAGAUCGAAGCACCACUGCCCAUGUACACAUGAGAACCCCUCAAUAUCGAAAAGUGGAAAAAUCGCCUAAUAAAGAAACUUACGACAGGAAAGCAUGUGCUUACAUGUUUGAAGGUGACAAACAGAUGAUUGAAAAUAGGCUGUCUCUCUCUGAUGGGAAUGAAAUGGAAGGUGAAUUGCUUGGGUUGUGGACGAGUCACGGCAUGCCUGUCUUGCAUCUGGUUCUAGAACCCAAGAAAAAAAAUGGAAAAGAACUGCAGCCUCUUUCCUCACACAAACAGCCCACAGCUACCAUGCAAACCAGAGAUAACUUGGCUCCAGGUUACCCUUUAGAGAAUAUUGGAAAAUACAUUCUCAAAACAGGGGAGACAGGUGGACCAUCUGAGGAAGACUUGUGCGGAAUGCGGCGAGAGUAUCCUGGUGGAGGUCUUUUAGUCCUAGUUUCUAAGAUACAGGAUAAAGUGGUUGCUAUCCAUCCAUACCUUAUUAAAAAAGGAUCCGCAACUUUGCAACUUGAAAUGGAAUUUCUCCCUAGCAGAAAGGUGUUCAUCCAAAAAGUGAAUGAUGAAAGUAAAGAAGAAGAAGAAAGAAAUAUUAAGAAGAUAGAUGUUGAUGAUCCCCUUACUCGUGGCAGUCCAACCUUUGAACAACACAAACAAUUUUCCCCCAAAUAGAUCAGUAUGGCUAUUUCAGCAUUUUGUGUACAAAUGAAUUUCUCUGAAAUUAACAAGACACCAGCUAAGAAGAAUUUUUACAAUUGACAAUAUAUAGCAUAAGGUAGCCUCAUUGAUACCGUUGAAAAUAAAUGAUAGACGGCCGUUACUUAUUUGGUCGUUGGCUAUCUGCGAAAAGGUUUGUUUCAAGAAUGUGUAGCACUUCAUAUGCCGAUCUUCCCUGGCGUCUUUAGUCAUUCCCAACCGCUAUGUCUUCUUGGUUGUCAUAACAGUUAAGAGUAGAAUUUUGCUCCUGGGAUAUUAGUCAGUGCUGCCCGAUUGACCGUUUUGCCUUCGAAAACGAAUGAAAACUGCUAUAAAUUGUAGAAAUCUACUUAUAAGAUGUUCGGCUGGUCUCCUUCAACGAAAUGGUCGUGGCUACCGAUGAAAAUUUUUUUCAAGUUUAAGUGCAAUGCUGGAUACACCGAGCCUUUAUGUUGGUAGGAGUUAGUAGUAAAAUUUCGCUUCUUGGUAAUUAGUCAGUACUACCCGACUGACCGCUUUCCACUCUAAAACGAGUGAAAACUUAAAUGAGUUGAAUAAGUUGUAGGAAUCUAGUCAUAAAGCAUUUCUGUCGUUCCCCCUCUGAGAAAAGUAAUAACUAUUUUCAUUUACAAGCGAAAUUUAGAUUAAAGAAAAUGAUAAGGAUUAGAAAGACGUUUUCUCUGGCAAUGAAUAGCACAAAUUGUUUAUUCUUGAAAGAAAACAUAAACAUUCUCAAGAAUUGCGAUAUACUCGUAUGAUAUUUUGGGGUGAUAAAUUAGACAUUUGUCCGGCGUAUUCAAAUCGUUUCUUAUCGUGAAAAUUCUCACAAUUCGCCAGAGAAUGGGCUUUUAAAUCCAGCCUGGAUGCAACACGGUGAGGCAUCAAAAAGCCUGAAAAAGUCUGUGUGGAUAUUUAAAUGAGUUGCACUUUAAAAGAAAAUAAACAGUUCUAGGAAUAUGUCGACGUAAAUACGCAUGCGUAGAGAUUUCCGCUUUCACAUCUUGCUUACGUUAAAACAACAAAGUGGUCUAGGACUCAGUGUGCCUCUGUACGUUCUCAAAUAUAGCACUUCUUGCUUCUGAAGAUUCUCAAUGGAAGACAGACAGAAGUUUCCACCUAGGAGACUAGCAGACUCCGGAUUUGAAAGUUCACAGCGUACGGAGGGAAGUGCCAGUGCAAGCCAUCAGCCAGUCAACUACACCAAUCGACGCCGAGACGGUUCCUCGCAAGAACGUUCCGCUACGACCGUUACGACACAGCAGCAGCCAGUUAACUACAGCAAUCGACGCCCAGACGAUUCGGCGCAGGAGAGGUUAGAAUUUGAUAAAGAUACAGGGAAACUCGUGGUUUGUAGGAAUUCACAGGCACCACAAGCACCUUUUGUUCGCGAAAGUUCCGUGGCUGUACUCGAAGUCCGCGCACAAGUUCCAGAUCGACCGGUUGUGGACGCCAUGGCUGCUCAAGGAUUUUUCUACUUCCAAAUGAUGAACGUUUUUUAAACGCAUCUUGGAACUACUAGCUAGAAAUCAAGGUUGCCUUCAAGGUAUGAAGUGUCUUUAGCCGUAGAAUGAGGCCUGUGUAAUGUAGACUAUUUAGUACAAAACGUGGUGCCAUAAUAACUUGUCAAAGAGCAAAUCGUAAUUUUACGCCCGCUUUUCAAUUUAUCCAUUCUGUAUACAAGCUUUCUAAAUUCAACAAAAACUUUAUGUACUUCGAUAGAAUGUAACACUGUGCAAUGGAAAAGCGAUGCUUUUUAAUUUUCUGCGAAAUUGUAAACUGCUCGAUGCAGUCUGGCCAAAGUCCCCGCCGCAAAGUGUUGUAAAGGGAACUAGAGUAUAUUGAUAAGGAGAAUGCGCAAUGUAAAUGCAUCAUUUAUUCAAUUAAAUACAAUUUCUGCGA